AUGGUACAAACCAAUUGGCAGUACGCCCAGAACAUUGCGUAUUCAACACAGUACGCCCAGAACAUUGCGUAUGCAACACAGUACGCCCAGAACAUUGCGUAUGCAACACAGUACGCCCAGAACAUUGCGUAUGCAACACAGUACGCCCAGAACAUUGCGUAUGCAACACAGUACGCCCAGAACAUUGCGUAUGCAACACAGUACGCCCAGAACAUUGCGUAUGCAACACAGUACGCCCAGAACAUUGCGUAUGCAACACAGUACGCCCAGAACAUUGCGUAUGCAACACAGUACGCCCAGAACCAAAAGGAGUAUCUCAGUUUCAAGGUCUCAGCUUUGAGAGAAGAAGCCUUUGAUCAGGCGAAGGUGGUUGGAAAGGAAACGGUGUCUGACGCCAUUAAGUAUGACAUCCAACAGAUCAAGAUGUUCAAAUGCCCAGACCGGGUUAUCCACGCCGUCUUCACUGCACCAUCCCCAGCCGCAUGUGGUGUGACUCUGGACCUCAACAAGGAGUAUCUCUUCACAGGCAAGCUGGAGACUGGAAGGAUGUAUGUAACACUGUGUGGCUAUAAUCUGCCCUGGGAGGACUUGAGUGCUGCACAAAAGAACAGCUUGACUCACCGCUACCAACGCGGCUGUGAUUGCAAGAUCAUCCACUGCACUUCGCUCCCCUGUCCGAUCAGCACCACAGAUGCAUGCCUGUGGAUGGACUGGGGGACAAACAAUGGCCAAAACCUUGCCUGUAUCAAGAUUAAUGGUUCUUGUGCUUGGAAGUAGUUCCUAGAUAUUGGGGACUCCUAUACUCUACAGGCCAUCCGCUUAGUGACUCCAGAUGACAAAGCUGCCAAUGUGUAGUUUUAAAUGAACCAACAUGUCUUGCUGGUCACUUCUUGUAAAAUA